AUGGCUAUAGCAGCUAUGGUCGAAAUCAAGCACAAGAAAGUCGCUACUAAAUCAAAAUUACUCGACUCGGCCAUAUCACUGCCCAUUACGUUCUUCUAUAUCGCUUUACAGUACUUAUUUCUUGGAUCAGCAUAUCUAUUCGCCUUAGCCGAGUUGCUCGAUUUUUUCUUCACUGAAGCGCCAUUUAUCAUGAGAUCAUUGGCUAUUUCUCUAUGUUGGGCAUCAUUGGCAAUGGGAUGUUAUGUUGGCACUGCAAUUGUGUCAUUAGUUAACAGUUUAAUGGAUGAUUCCAAGUACAAACCGUGGCUAUCUGGUACCAACUUGGAUCAGUAUCACUUGGAGAAAUUUUACCAGCUAAUGUGUUCUCGUAGUCGAUUGAAUUUCAUGAAUUAUCUUUUUUGGGCUCGAAGAUAUGAGUUAAAAGGGAGAGGAAAUGUAUGA